GCCCAGCCGUACCACUACGUGGUGAGGGACACGGAGCACAAAGGGCUCUACCUGAGGGACGGGCGUUUGGUGGCUGCCAACCUGCAGGGUGCCAACGCCGAGCAGGAAGAGCCCAUCAGCGUGGUGCCCAACCGGCACCUGGAGCGCCAGCGGUGUCCCCUCCUGGUGGGGAUUUCUGGGGGCACCAAGGCGUUGUCCUGUGGCACCGGCCCUGAACCCCGACUGCAGCUGGAGGUGAGCGUGGGGGGGUGUCAGUGAGGGGGGAGCUGGAGGU